AUGUUGUUGUUACUUAUUCUUAUUACAUAUUUUAUGUCUCAUUCGUGUUUUUUUCUUCUUCUCUAUUCACUAGAAGUUUCUUGUCCUUUUCUUUUCCUGUGUAAAAAAAUUUACUCGUGUUUUUUUGCGCCUGAUCUUCUAUCUAUCUAUCUAUCUAUCUAUCUAUCUAUCUAUCUAUCCGAGUAUUAUCUAUCUAUCUAUCUAUCUAUCUAUCUAUCCGAGUAUCUAUCAUUCACUAUCUAUCUAUCUAUCUAUCUAUCUAUCUAUCUAUCUAUCCGAGUAUUCAUUAUCUAUCUAUCCGAGUGUAUUCAUCUAUCUAUCUAUCUAUCUAUCUAUCUAUCUAUCUAUCUAUCUAUCCGAGUAUUCACUCAUUAUCUAUCUAUCUAUCUAUCUAUCCGAGUGUAUUCAUAUCAUCUAUCUAUCCUAUCUGUAUUCAUUAUCUAUAUCUAUCCGAGUGUAUUCUAUCUAUCUAUCUAUCUAUCUAUCUCCGAGUGUAUUCACUAUCUAUCUAUCUAUCUAUCUAUCUAUCUAUCUAUCUAUCCGAGUGUCUAUCUUCUAUUAUCUAUCUUCAUCUAUCUAUCUAUCUAUCAUCUAUCUAUCCGAGUGUGUUCAUUAUCUAUCUAUCUAUCUAUCUAUCUAUCUAUCUAUCCGAUCUAUCCGAGUGUAUUCAUUAUCUAUCUAUCAUCUAUCUAUCUAUCUAUCUAUCUAUCUAUCUAUCUAUCUAUCUAUCUAUCUAUCUUCAAUUUAUUUGUUAUGAGUAGCCUUAUUUGA